ACUUUUGCUGUUCACUCAGAAAAUCUUCUGCAACAAAUGGCGGGAAUAUUUAUCCCAGCCUGCGAGAAUGAAGUCUGUGUGGAGGGCAGGAGGAGACUUGUGGAAGCUUCUAGAACACUGGGUCACGUGGUCGCACCUAAUCAAAUAGGAGGGCGGUAUGCCCAUAGCUUUAAAAAGCAGUUCGAUGCUUGUCGAUGUAUUGUGCUGCACAAGUGCCCAGCAUUUUACAACAAGAUAAAGUUUCACAGUUUAGACCAGUACCUCCUAGACAACGAUGACAAACUUUACUGCGUCCAUUACGGAAACACAACAGAAACUGGUGGAUCUGAGUUUGAGGAGUUUUUCAAUGAACUCACCAUCUGCCCUGCAACCAAUGACAGCAACAUCGCUGAGUUUUUAAACAACUUUCUGGUCAACAGUGGGCAAACAACGGAUACCCAUCACAGUAAUGUUGCAUCUGUCAUCUCAUUGGGGCACGGAGUCCACCAAGCAAUAACCCUUCCAUCUACUCAAAAUUCCAGCAAUGACGUACGCCUAAUGACAGACGGAAGACCCGAGAAAACAACUCAACAUUCAAAUCAGGCAAUUGUUCCAAACGUAGCUGACCUGGCAGAGAAUAAAAGUCCAGACUUCACACAUAGCCUGAGAUUUUUCAGACCAAAUUCUCUGAAAACUCCAAAAGUCACAGAUAACUUUGUCACACAGAUUUCACAGUACAAGGACAUUAAAAUUUCGCUGAAGUUUGGAGAUUUGUGCUUAGUACACCAAAAGGAGAUGAAUGCCGGUUGUCUGGUCCAUUAUAAAGGCAACAUUGCGAACAAAAACAAAACUGUGGCUAGGCUCGACUCCCGGACAAACAUGUUUGAUUUUUCCAGAAUCACUACAAUGUCCGAACUGGCUGGCGCUGUAAAAAAGAUAGAAACUGACCAAGAAAGCCUGAAAAUAAAUGCCAUGUUUGUAGUGCAGAAGAUGUUACCUGCGUUAAGCCAACACUGCUCCACUGACUGUAUUGCUCUAAUUGCCGCCAACACUGGGAAUGUCCUGAUACAGAGUAGAGCUCUUGAUACACUCGAGCUUCUCCUCUUCAAAGGGCGAAUCACACAGCACAAAGUUGACAUUGAUAUGUUGGAUCGCACUCAGCAGUUGUUGGCAAAAUCAUUUUAUGAAUUAAGGGUACAGUUCAACAAGCCACAAGUAAACGAGAAACUCGAAUGUUUGAUUCGUAGAUGGUUCAACAUUAUCUGCAUGCUACAAAUAGAGACAGCUUCCUAUGCUAAAGAUACGCAACGCAACGAUGAAAAUGGAAUCUUUGGUGUAGAGAUGAGGCGUUUUGCAAAAAAUAGAAAACUUGCAAACAUUAUUGAAGAAGGUCUUUUUUCAUUGGAUAGAUUAAACCAUAAUGAAAUUGAAAAUAUUUCUCGACAAUGUUUUAAUAAAAGUUUCAAAGAACAAGAUACCGUCUUAUCAAGCAAAAAAUCGUCUACUCAAUUCGUAGCAGUUUUACUCUCUUUAAAACAGGCAAGCCUAACAAUGGGAUUUGUUUCAUUUCAGCUUUUCUACAGCAUGGAUCUGGAAAUGAUUACAUUUCUAGAGGAAUGUGUGAAAAAUUCAAGAAAAAAAUCUUUAGCAGUAUCUGUGGUGGACUUGAUAUUCCGAGGACUGGCUCACUUUUUGUGUCAACUAAGAGAAACAACAGAGAGCGACAUAAGUGCGUUGUGUGAACGUGUGGUUAAUUUGAUAGAAAUCCUGCCACAGCAAAACAUGCCUCCAGAAGUGGAGAUGGUUCUUGUGUCACACAUGUUUGGGGUGACACCGGCCAUACGCAAAAACCUCAUCGACCUGUUCAAGAGAAAACAGCUGUACAAUGAACGUUUACCUGCUUACCUUGUCCAAGAAAUAGAGCAGUCACUAGCACCACUCCUAGUUGUGGACAAGAAAAAUUUGGAGGCCGCUUCAGCGAGUGGAGAAUGGUUCCAUCUAACUGGUCAGUAUUUGAGUACAGUAGUUGACAUUCACGUCCACAAACUGACCGAGGAGUGCCACAGGAGUUCUGACUGUAUCAACUUCAGGAGGUCCAACAACACCCAACAACACAAGAACCAAAUGUUCUGUUUGGGCAAGCUGCAACACGAGAAAAUUAUCAAAAUCUUGGCUUGUCAAGAUAAAAAUAUUCCACUCUUCUACAUCACGGAACAUCACAAAAAUCUGCAGGAGUGUUUGAAAAAUAAAAUGGAAAAUGGAAACCCUUACCCAGACAAAUAUCUUCUGGACAUUCUGAUCCAUGUGGCUGAAGCCUUGACCUUCUGCCACUCAAAAGACUUCGUGCACGCCAAUCUGACGGCAGCCAGUGUGUUCAUUGGUGCAGAUGGUGUGAAACUUGGGGGCUUUUACAUCGCCACAUUUGUACAGGGAGAUGGGGAAAAACUGCUUGGUGACGCCAGCAAAAUACCAACCAGAUGGUCAGCACCAGAGACCUUGAAACGGUUUAAAGUUUCCAAGAUGUCUGAUGUGUGGAUGUUUGCACAUCUGAUGUAUGAAGUGUUGAACCAUGGACUUCUACCGUACUCACAUAUCCAAAUGGAUGAUCAGGAAUGCGCUAAUAAGAUAUGUGAUGGCAGUAUUAAGCUGUGCAAAGAAACAAACUUGAAAGAAGAACUUCACAAACUGAUAGAAGACUGCACACGAACAGACCCAACACGUAGACCAUCCAUGGAGGAGGUGCUAAAACAAUUGCAAAUGUUGGGUAAUAAUAAAGAAAACGAGACAAGCGAAAGAUCAAGUUUAAAAGACGCUGAGCUGAUCAAACGUCGCUCUUCUUUCUUGUUUAAAACGGGAGACCAGUCUAAUAACUACUGUAGCAAUCCAACUGAAAUAAAGAGAGAACUUAAGGCAACAUUGAGCAACUACCUAAACAUUUAUACCAAGGACAAGAUACUAAUGUCACGGGAGACGCUCCAAUUCAAUCUGACAGAUGAAAUUAGGCACAUAUUAGAAAGUGGAAAACUUGAAUCCAUUUUGCCGAGAAUCGACAUAUUUUUACAUAAAAAUAUAUUGAAGCAAGACAAACAGAGCAUAGAAAUAUAUUUACCAGUGUCUUGCAAGGAGAGUCUUCUAGAAAUUAUAAUGCACAAGAGAAAUAUAACAACAAGGGAGCGCUGUAUGACACUGUUUAUUAAAGUGGCUGAGCUGCUCCAAAAAUUUCACCAUCUCGGUUUUAUUUUAGGCGACGUCAGGUGUUCCAGGAUUUUUACAGGGGACAGCGGCGGAGAUGUUACGGUUUGCCCAGUAUCACUUUCACAUCUAAACAAAAUUGGAAGUCAAAAGAGUUGCAAUUUUAAUAACGUGGACAUUGAUUCGGUUCAAAGUAUCAGGGCGCCCCCUGAAUCGAAGGGCUAUAACUACUGCUACACCCCAGCAUUUGAUAUCUACCUACUGGGCAGGUUCAUGUGUGACGUCGUACGGUUCAUGUACAUCGAUAAUCCUGUAGACUUGCAUGAGCUGCAAUACGAAUCAAUGGCUGACAUUUUGGAAAGUGAAAACAGCACAGACCUACUGAAACACAAGCUGUGGUGUCCAACAGAUUUGAUGAGACGUUGUUUAGACGUGAACCCUGACAACAGACCAACAUUGACACAGAUUUUAAGCGAGUUAUCUACCUUCAACCCAAAUAAUGGACAAAGCGAACAGGACACUUGUGUUAUGAUCAAAUGCACCAACUAUGCGUUGCAUCAAAAUCUGUCAAAUGUAAAUCAUACUGUAAUAAAUGGAAGCUGUGAUAGCAUGUCAAGCACGAACAGUUCUUCCCUUGCAUCAUCACAGUCAGCAAGGUCAUACAUGGAGAUCCUGAACCCGUCGGAUUCCUCAGACGGCUCCUUGAAAGGUCCAUCACGUAAUUCCAGCAAUUCAAUUGAAAUUUUGAACCCUUCUGAUUCAUCCGACGGCUCUUCGACGAGUCACUCAGCUAAAGCCAUCUCUUCAAACUCCAAUUCAAACAGUGAAAUUCUCAACACCUUAGAUUCUGUGAACUGUCAUGUUGCACAGCCCAACAAUUCCAAUAUCCCCGUAUACAUGGAUAUCUUAAAUCCUUCAGAUUCUUCAGGUGAGUCGUUGACGAGUGACGUAGUUAAGCCCAGUUCUCAUCAGCAUAAAACUAGACCAAACCUAGCGAUGCCGAGUAAACCACGACCAAAACAUACACAAAGCUCCAGCACAACAUCGUCACCACAAAGCUCCAGCACAACAUCGUCACCACAAAGCUCCAGGACAACAUCGUCACGUGUGAUGCCGAGAAGACAGCCGGAAGGCGAAGAUGAGUAUUUAGCUCCUAUCCAUGUUGUUUAUCCACCUCAAGUGUUGAGGGUGAAAGAAUUGAUUCACGAUCCUGUCGCGCUACCACAACUACAAACCAGAAAAGGAAAGGAAUCGAAAGUAAGGAAGAUACAGAGGAUUUUCGUGAAGAAGCCAAAGAGCGAACCUCCUACAGGAACACCGAAAACUGACACGAUCUCACAGCAAGUGACACGUCCAGUAACUCCCAACGAUUACGAUCAGUAUAAUGAAACCUAUUCAAGCGCCAACGAUUCACUAGACCAAACAGUCAUUGCCAUGUCGUCUGGUUCGACGACUUGGUAUGCUGCAGCUGAUUCGUCUUUCUACAACGAGAUUGAUUACAAUGACCUGUACAGCCAGAGUGUACAAUACAACGAUGAGGAUCAGAGGUAUAGUCAGGCGGAUAACCAUGACAGAGCAGUAGAUGAAAGUUCUGAUGAGUGCACGUAUGACGACUGCUUAUAAACCACGAUGACCUUUUUACUUUCUCGUAUAUACGUAGUAUAGAGAAAGUAUUGUAAUCGUGCAAAAAAAAAAUCGAGAUUUUUACAAAUCUCGACGUUUUACACCUCACUGAUACGGAAAAACAUAAUUUUGCAAUCUUGUCCGUAUGUCUGUGUGUGUGUGUGUCUG